AUGCCCCUCCAAUCCGGAGAAACGCACGAUCAAGGCCACCAAGAUCAGACAUCCCCCAGUUCGUGUGACUCUAUCUCAUGUCGAAGCAAUAUUGUAAGCGAGUCCAGUGAUGAUAGAGUAGGAGGGAGCGAUAGGAAGGAUGAGGUUGACGGACUUGAUGACAUGUGCAAAGAAAUCGAAAGUUUAGAGAAGGAACUUGAACACAUUUCCAAGGAGUAUGGAAGCAUAAAGGAGGAAGCUCAGAAGCUUGAAGGUAAUACCUUUGUACAAUUCGAAGGGUAUGAGUCCUUCCCUGACAUGGCAGCAGAGGAGUGUAUAACAAAGCAGGAAGAGUAUACACAGCGAAGAGAAGAACAGCGAAGGAGAUUCGAGGAUGUAUUUCUUCGUCUGGAGGAAGCGGAGCAGAAAAAGAUAGAAUUGGACAAGCGAAAGAUAGGAGCUAUUCGGAAGACGACGGAAUUGAAAAUGCGGGCAAGCAACCUGAGGGAAACAAUUCUGUGGCAAUAUCAGAGGAAGGACAGUGACUCACACAUUGAUUGA